AAAAGCCCUGCCGAGAUACUGACGCUGCAAAGUGUAUUGAAAGUUAAAAUAUAUUGCAUACCACAAGCAGGUAGCCUUGUAUUCUAUGUCAGAAAAAAGUUUUCAAAUCAUUCAUUAAUAUUUCGGCUUAGCAAGAACACUAAAAAUUUAAAGUUUAUAUUAAAAAAAACUCUUCCACUUGGAAAACGCUCAACCCAAAAUGUGCGAUCGCUGCUACAACAAUAAAAAUGGCUCGUCUACUUCCGCUUGCCAGAAUGGCUAUUGUAAUACAUGUUGUCCUAAUGGUUAUUGCAGUCGUACACGCACACCACAAGGUCCAAAACCAGAUCCAACGGCCUGGACUGGGCCCAGCCAGUCGUUUAGCCGUGAAUCGCAGUCAAAUUGGGUACAACAACAACGUUGGGCGUGACUAACAACGCGGCUGAGGCAGUCACAAAAAUUACAUGAGAUUGAAAAGCAAAAACCAACGAAGCUAUUAGUCUUGGAAUCGGAAUGCAGUCUACCGCAAAUGUAGGUGACGCUGUAGCUAAACGACGUGGUCAACGUUCUUACAUGCUCGUAUUCUGUCGCACUUUCUCUUUUAUUAUGUAGCUCGGCGAAGGUUAUCAUAGCGCCAGAAAGUGAUCCACCACCGAGAGUGAUGAUUAUGCCAAACGAUUCGAAGGAAUCCUUGAUCUUCAGACUGGAUUCCAGCGAGGAUUUAAAGAAACCAACAAAGCUUAUGAUCAUUCCAUCUAGAGUUUUGGAGACGAGUAAAACGCUUAAGCAUCUAGAUGAUAAUAUAAAACUGGCGUUGGACUUUACAAGAUCUAUAGCGUGUAGAUUUCCAUCGCUCAUGCACAAGUGGAAAGUCCAUUUUUUAUUAUCUAGAGAGCUAGCCGAUGCGGUGCGUAUGGAUCCCGGUAAAUUCCAUCGGCCACAUCUCACUUCCGCUGUUAGACUUGAAAGUCGAUGCGGUGCUAAGACGAAACCUUCACCACAACAAUCGCAGAGAAAUUCAACGCUGAUGUCGAGCAGUCUACCAUGUCGCCAACUUCGAAAGGGUUUGCAAAAGAUUGUCAAUGAUUUUAAAAUAGUUUACAACAAUGCUUGAAAAAAUAAAACUCACACCUCAGCCAUAUAGGAAGAAAA